UGGCCUUCCAAAUAGAAGAAAUCACAGAAAAGAGCACUGUACGGACAAGGCGCUUAGGAUUACUCAGCACUAAGAUUCAAAUUGAAAAAAAAUUGAACCUUUUUGUAAACACUUUUAAGGAAUGGUUUCGGUGAUUGCAAGCUCUAUGCAUGGGGAAUCGCACAAGGUUUGGAAGAGGGCAACUAACAAAGUUUCUAGAAGAAAAUGUAAAUCAGAUUGUGACAGAAAAGGGCUAUUUAGAUUGCCUCAAAUCAGUAUUGAUUUCUUAGAUGAUGUAGCCAAGGAAUGUUUCUUAGACUUGGGAUUAUUUCCUGAGAACAGGAAAAUUUGUGUUGAUGCACUUUUGGACAUUUGGGUAUAUGUUCGAAAGCUACAAAGGCAUGAUGCUUUUGCCAUCUUAUCAGAAUUUGCAAGAAGAAAUCUGUUAAAUUUAACUAACAAUGCAAGAGGAAGUAAAGCAAUCCAAUAUGAAAAUGCGUCAGAGCUAUACUUUUCCCAAGCUGACGGAAUGAGAGAUUUGGCCUUGUAUUUGGGACGCCGACACAAUAUACUCCACCCCAAGAGGUUAGUCAUAGAAAGACAAUACAAUAGUUUCCUGGGGAAAUGCGAGUUGCUCAAUGAUAGAGCAAUUGAUAAUCAAAUUCUCUCCAUUAUAACCGGCCCUAUGGAGGAAAAUCAGUGGUAUGACAUGACUUUCCCGGAAACAGAGGUUCUUCUGUUAUUUUUUACUUCAACAGAAUACGUUCUUCCCCCAUUUCUGAAAUCGAUGAAAAAGCUAAAAUUUCUGAUGGUAUCCAAUUGCGGUGCAAAGAAGGCAACAGUGAAAGGUCUAGAAGUCAUGUCUUCACUCACUCAACUCAAGAGCGUUCGCUUUGAGAGGUUACUUUCACCCCUUGGUGAAAAACAGAGCAUUGAAGGACUGCAUAACAUAGAGAAGCUAUCAAUGAGCUUAUGUGAAGGAUUUGGAAAUAUGUCUGUAUUCACCAAGGUAAAAGACUUUAAUCUUGAUCACUGCAAUGAAUUGGAGCACUUACCCCUCGGUAUCUCCAAUAUGCCCUCAAUUGUAUCGUUGUCUAUUACCAAUUGCCAUCUGCUUCAGAAGUUACCAGAUGAUUUUGGAAAUAUGAGCUCUCUAAGAAUGCUAAGGUUAACUGCAUUACCAGGCCUCAAAGAGCUUCCUGCAUCAAUUGGAAAACUUGAACGGUUGGAAUAUUUAGACAUUUCAGCAUGCGAAGGCUUGAAAGAACUACCAAAGGAAAUAGGACAACUCAAGAAAUUGAAGGAAUUUGAUAUGAGAGAGUGUUCCCGUUUGAAGGCGUUACCUAAAACAGUUUGUAACCUAAGUUCCCUGAAGCUUGUUAUCUGCGAUGAGAAGAUUGGGAAGCAGUGGUUGCGGGCAAGGAAUAUUUCUAUUCCGGAGCUUCGAGCUGAAAUUGUUGAAGCACAUUUUAGUUUGGAUUGGCUAGAUGACUGACAUAUUAUAAUGAAUGUCUAUCAUCUUUUUAUUGAAUAAAUUGUAAAUGCAUAUCUAACAAGGCUUUGUGUCAAAGCAUUGUAAUAAGGCUUCGUAUCAGAACCCAUUUUUAUCAGAUUUUAACAGAUAUUCAAAUGUAAUUAGUAUAACUGAUUUAUGGAGAAACAAAAUUAUUAGACCA